GUUUCCUGACCCAUCCUCGGCCAACCUGUGUACCACCCACUCUGCCCGCCAGUGCAGAGCCCAGGCCGCCUCCAUGGCCCCAGGAAGGCUUCAGGGGGAGAGGCCCCUUACAGGGAGCCACUCCAGCCACACAGCUAGCCAGGAUGGAGCUGACUGAAUUGCUCCUGGUGGUCAUACCUCUCCUGACUGCAAGACCGACUCUAUCCAGUUCAGCCCCCCCUGCCUGUGACCCCAGACUGUUAAAUAAACUGCUUCGGGACUCCCAGGCCCUUCACAGCAGACUGAGCCAGUGCCCCGACGCCCGCCUGCUACCCACCCCGGUCCUGCUGCCCACAGUGGACUUCAGCUUAGGAGAAUGGAAAGCCCAGACAGAGCAGAACAAGGCACAGGACGUUCUGGGAGCCUCGGCCCUUCUGCUGGAGGGAGUGAUGGCUGCGCGGGGACAGCUGGGACCCUCUUGCCUCUCAGCCCUUCUGGGGCAGCUCUCUGGGCAGGUCCGCCUCCUUCUUGGGGCCCUGCAGGGCCUGCUUGGAACCCAGCUUCCUCCACAGGGGAGGACCAUAGCUCACGAGGAUCCCAGCGCCAUCUUCCUGAACUUCCAGCAACUGCUCCGAGGAAAGGUGCGUUUCCUGCUGCUUGUGGUAGGGCCCACUCUCUGUGCCAAGCGGGCCCUCCCCUCUACAGAUGCCCCAGGCAGCACUUCUCUAUUCCUCACACUGAACAACAGGACUGCCGGAUGGCUGGAGACAAACGCCGACAUCUCAGCCAGAACUACUGGCUCUGGACUUCUGAAGAGGCUGCAGGGACUCAGAGCCAAGACUCCCGGCCUGCAGAGCCAGACUCUCAGGUCCCCAGGCCAAACACCUGCACAUCUAAACAGGACGCGUGGACCCCUAAACGGAACUCAUGGACUCUUUCCUGGAAGCUUCUCCAGGGUCCAAGGAGCCCUGGGCAUUCCCUCAGGAACUUUGGACACUGGCUCCCUGCCACCCAACCUCCAGCCUGGGUAUUCUGCUUCCCUGACUCAGACUGCGGCUGGACUACACACACUCUUCCCUCCUUCAGCCAUGGUGCCCACCCCCACAGUCCAGCUUCAACCCCUGUUUCCUGACCCCUCUGCCAGCAUGCCCAGCCCUACUAGUCCUCUGCAGAUCGCAGCCCACACUCACUUCCAGAACUCAUCUCAGGAAGAAUAAUGGCUGGGAUUGUGUCUGCAUCGGUCCCCUCUCCCAAGGGUGAGGCCCUGAGAAGCAGCUGCAGCUAUACCAGGCUCCCUGCUUCUCGCUGGAACAGGGGCAAAGCCCUGGACAGGGCGAGGCACAGGACAGGGAAGGCACGUUUUCCACUGUACAUUAUAAAACUUCAGAAGCUAUUUUUUUUUAAUCUAUCAAUACUCUUCUCCAGAGCAGCUAUGUUGGGUCUAUCCUUUGCACAGAUCGCAGUGCGCUGACUCUCUGGCACGCUCCUUUCUACCUCAUUACUGGCCUGACCUCAGAACAGAGGUAGGAAAGCCAGUGGGGAGGGAGUACUGGGUUUCUACUCAGAACCAAGGGGCCAUCUCUUUCCUCCCACUGCCGUCACUCUCGUCUCCUCUUCUUAGAGAGCCUGACUCUCUGAGAAAUGGUGAGAAGGAAAAUGAGUCCCUUAGACAAGCUAUCCAGGGGGCAAGGUGGAAUCUUCAUGAGCAGUGAAGCAGUGCUACAAAUACCUAGUCCUCU